AUGUCGGAUCAUUUGGUUUUAUGGUAUAAUCCAGCAAGUUGCAGGCAGAUAAUGGAAGCAGAUGAAGAAAUAAAAGUCAGUAAGGAUGUGAACAACACCAGUUACAAUCCAAAACUUACAUUUAGAUUCUUUAUUGAUGAAACUCUAUAUGAUGAAGUAGCGAUAAAACAGUGUGGAUUUCGUUGGAUAUAUCAAGAAGAAACAAUUUCUUCAGCAGUUUUAGAAUCCCAAAAUGAAGUAGAAGAAGAAAUUGUGUCUUCGUCAGAUUUUCAAUCCGGCAAUCAAAAGAAACAAUUACUCCAACAAAACUUGAAUUGGAUGAUCAAGGAGAAACAGUUCCUCCAACAAAGAUUUAGAGCAAUGUGUUUUUGGAACGCGGCCGUAUACUUGAGGUACAUAAUAUUCGUAGAAUUCAUGACAGCUAAGCUAACAGUCUGUCAUAAUGAAAUGUUUAAGAUUGGCUGCAUUGGACUAAAAAAUGUGAAUUGA